UUUUCGAAAAUUCUGGAAAUUCUCUUUAGAGUUUAGUUGAACAUUACUAAAUUUCUUAAUAAUUAUUUAUCGUUUUAAAAUUUCAAAGUUUAAUUUAUAUUUACUCUAUGUGAAGUUGCUUGUAUCUUUAAUUUAUUUGUUAUGUAUGAUUCUACUUAGUUUGAGUAUAGAAAUACAAUUUAAGCAACAUUUUAUUCAGCUAAGUUAAUAUGGUGAACGCCAUAAAUCAUCAUGUGCCUGUUGGCCCUAGUAAUACUGAAAGUGUAAUGCCUCCUCAUUAUCUACAUGAGCUUCCUAAUGAAGAUGAACUUCGUUUGGCUAAAUUAUUUGAAACGCUCGACAUGGACAAGAAUGGUAAAAUCGACAUUCACGAUUUGUCCAUUGCAUUGCAUGAUAAAGAGUAUGCUCAAAAGUUUUUGGAAAUGUCUGAUGCUACUAAAAGUGGUUCAAUUACAUUAGCUGAAUUUAUACAUUAUGUUAAAGAACAUGAAAAAUCAUUAAGGCUAAGUUUUUCAAACAUUGACAAAAACAAAGAUGGGAAAAUUGAUCGAUACGAGCUUAUAAGAGCUUUUCAAGAAUUAGGAAUUGAAAUUGACGACGCCGAAGCUAUAAAACUUCUUAAAAGGAUGGAUAAAGAUGGAAGCUUAGAAAUUAGCUUUGAAGAAUGGAGAGAUUUUUUACUUUACUGCCCCUUUACAGACUUACAUGACUUAAUCAAAUAUUGGAGGCAUUCAACUUUUAUAGACAUUGGAGAAGACAUGAAUGUACCAGAUGAUUUCACCCAAGCUGAGAUGAUAACAGGGAUGUGGUGGCGGCAUCUUGUAUCUGGUGGUGUAGCUGGCGCUGUCUCGAGAACUUUUACUGCACCUUUAGAUAGGCUUAAAGUAUUUUUACAAGUAUACGGAAAUCAACAUAGCAAUAUUACAACUUGUUUCAAAAGCAUGUUAAAAGAAGGAGGCAAACGAGGCAUGUGGCGUGGAAAUGGUAUUAAUGUACUCAAGAUAGCUCCAGAGUCCGCGUUUAAAUUUAUGGCUUAUGAACAAGCUAAACGCCUUAUUCGGGGUUCGAGAACUAAAGACUUAACAAUAUUUGAAAGAUUUAUGGCAGGAUCACUUGCAGGAGGUUUUAGUCAAUCAUUAAUUUAUCCCUUAGAAGUUUUAAAAACAAGAUUAGCCAUUAGAAAAAGUAAUCAAUACAAGGGUAUAUUUGAUUGUAUUCAAAAAAUGUAUUACCGUGAAGGUAUGCGCAGUUUUUACAGGGGUUAUGUACCCAACCUUUUAGGUAUACUUCCGUAUGCUGGUAUUGACCUUGCAGUUUAUGAGACAUUAAAAAAUAAUUAUAUUGCUUCACAUAACAAUGGGGAAAAACCUGGAAUGCCGUUAUUGUUAGCGUGUGGUACUGUUUCUAGUACUUGUGGCCAAGUGUGUUCAUACCCUUUAGCUCUUGUCCGUACUCGUCUACAGGCACCUCAUUUAGAAGGUCCUGAUACAAGGACAAUGAUGUCAGUAUUUAGAGAAAUUUGGGUAAAAGAAGGUAUGGUUGGCUUGUAUAGAGGCAUAACUCCAAAUUUUAUGAAAGUAGCACCUGCUGUUAGUAUAAGUUAUGUCGUUUAUGAACGAUGCCGUGAAGCACUUGGGGUUACUAUGUCGUAACAUAAGUUAUUUUAACUUCUUUUUAUUUAUUUAUCUCUUGACAUUCAAUAUUUCUCCUUCAUGUUUUUAAAAUAUUAUCUUAAAUUUUACAAACAUUUAUUAAUACAUUGGUGAUUAAAUUUUGGGAAGUAUGUCUUAAAGAAAAGUGAUCUGAAAGGGUAGAAAUGAUAAAUUACAGACAUGGUUACCAUAGCCAUAAGGAUAGAAAAAAUAUUAAGUUUGAUUAUUAACUGUGUUGAGAACAUGUCGAAUGCUAACAUAAAUAAUAUUUAUAUUAUAAUUAAUAAUUAUCCUAAUAUGUAAUUAUGUAUUAUCACAAUGCUUGUUUUAAAAAAACUUCUUGAUAUUGUUACCAAUCAAAUUUAGGCUCAACAUAAUUUAAUAGAUUCUUGUAAACUUUUCUUAAUUUUUUUGUCUUUUAUAUCAAUCAAUGCUUUUUCUACCAACAUUCCAGAUGCAACAUAAUUUUUCCAAGAUUAAAAUAAAAGUUUAUUUUAUGAAAUCCAAUUAAAGAGAUUAAGUAUUGUCUUGAAAUGCUUUGACCUGCCUGUUAUACAUUUAGAAUCAGUCAUCAUAUUAAAAGAAUACUCUCAAGGUUAAAACAUUUAUUGUAAUUUUUAACCUAAUUUUCUUUUUCAACAAUUUAACUGAUUUAAUUCAACCCCUAAAAAAAUUGAGAUAUUUUUUUAUUUUUUUUUUUCAAAAAAAUUGUUUAAGUUUGUUCCUAGUCAUGUGUGACACUUGUUUUGUAAAAUAUUGUUGUUUGUAAAACUUUUUGUUCUCUUUGUUCAAAAAUAAAUGUUUUUCAAUUUUGUAAACAAGAUUUAUCUUAUUGGUUUUUUUCAUGAAUAAUUUUUACUCUCCAUUUUGAUGAGUGUGUACAUAUUUUAUUAAUUGUA